AUGGCAGUACCUUCCGGAUCUGGAGCUAUAGUGCCUACACCACUCGUAGCUACGGGAGCACUUCUCCAUCCUGUUUACGCCUAUCCCGCACCAUUCAAAUAUCCUAACCAUCGCACAAAUCUGCAAAGUACCGUACAUGACUAUGAGAAAGAAACGGAUCACGUAACGGAGACGACGUAUACUUAUCCGGCAAUUUUGAAAGCUCGACUGCAUCGGCUUCUACAAGCUAGGAAGGCUGCUAGGAUGCGUAGAAUCUUCGAGAAGAAAUGA